UUUCUUUCAGAAUAUAACUUUCAAGUAGAAAUGUCUCUGUCUCAGGCCUCCGGGGGACAGCAGACCUCCUCAUCCGCCCAGGUUAUUGAAUUACUGAACAAUGCUCAGAUGAACACAGGGGACAACAGUAAACUUGAUUCUCUCAAGAUAGUUCAAGAAAUUGUUGUUCAUAAGGAACCUGAUCUACUGGAUAAUUUCCUGGAUGAAAUAUUAGCCUUUCAAACAGAUCGGAAUCAAGAGGUUCGAAAGUUCGUUGUUGCAUUUAUUGAGGAGGCAUGCAAAAAAGAUGCGGAAAUAUUACCAAAGGUUAUAACCAAUCUCCAGAUGAUGCUGGGGGAUGAUUCUGUUGCGGUUCAAAAACGUGUCAUUCAAGCCAUGACUCAUUUAUACAGGUCAACUUUAAGAUGGAUGAGCGGAGGCCAAUCUAUCUCCGACCGUAUGGAGGCUGCCUGGGGUCUCAUGGUCAACAUCAAGGACCUAAUUGUUGAGCUCCUUGACUCUGACAACGACGGUAUCCGAACCCUUACUCUCAAGUUCAUGGAGAUGAUCGUCCUAACACAAACCCACAGAGAACCAGAGAGCGCUGUUAAGGAAAACGAUUUUUGUUUGGACGAUAUUCCCCUCGGGUUGAAGCAGGCUAGGCCGAGGAAGCUGGAGGUGGACGCUAGGAGAGUGUUCGACGAUAUGGUGAAGUACCACGGGUCUGCUCACAUCAGCAGUGCCAACCUUAUGACAUGUAUGGGGGCCCUCUCUAAUAUUGCUAAGCUUAGACCUGAAUUUAUGGCCAAGGUGAUUACCGCCUUGGAGAUGCUUCAUGCCAACCUGCCCCCGACCCUGGCCAAGUCUCAGGUGUCGAGUGUGAGAAAACAUUUAAAAAACCAGCUUCUCACCCUCCUCAAGCACCCCUUCGCUGCCGAGCAGUUCUUCACAAACAUCACCACCCUCCUCACCGACCUGGGCGCCUCCAGGGACGAGGUGAUGAAGGCGAUGCCGCACUACGAGGAGAUGAAGAGGAAGGCUAGGAAGAAGGAGAGGGAGGCUGCGAAGGCUGCGGCGAGGGCGGAGGAGGAAGCGACGGAAGCAAAACGUCAAAAGAUUGACAUUGCUGAUGAUGAGGAGGAUGAUGAAGAUGAUGAGGAGGAUGAAACGGUUUCAAGAGUUCCACGCCGUAGUUUUGACAGAAUGGAAUCCGCCGUUGAUAUCACAGAGAAAUUUGUUUUUGAACGUUUAAAAGAACCUAGUUUUGCUGCCGAGCUAGUGAUGCUUUCUAUGCAAUUUCUGCCACGAGAAAUCCCACCACACUUUAACAAUACGUACACACCCAUAGCAGCAGCAGGCACAGAAACUCAGGUUCGUCAUGUAUCCAGACUGCUAGCUGCUCAGCUCACCAAUGUAGGACUAGGACCCGGAGUAAGGUUUGCAGAAGAGCAGCGUCAACGUAAACUAGCGCUAGGAGCACAAGAGGAGGAAGAUAUCGGUGCUACUAAUAUUCCUAAUCUCGGUGAGGAUGAAGAUCUUGCAAAGGUUAAACUAACUCCAACUGGGUUAACUCAUCGAAGCGGUAGAAAAGGACACACAUUAAAGCUCUCCGAAGUUACCAAACCAUUGUCGGAAUCGACCAAGAAAAUUAUGAUCCUCGACGCUGUUCAACGGAUCCUGAAAUGUGAGAAGGCUGCAAGUGUGGGAGGUGUCACUGAUGUUAGAAUUAAGAUAAUCACAUCAUUGGCCGCUUCGUUCUCCCACGAAGUUCGGGGUAUUCUGCUCGAUUUUAUUUUCGAGGAUUUAUUGAAUCGAGCCGAUCUGGCGUUCAACUGGUUGUACGAAGAGUACUGCUUCUGUCAAGGUUUCAAUCGAAGCUCAAACAUCUACAAGAGAAAACCCGGAGAUGAUAAUACGUACAACGAGAUCUUGUGUUCCCUUAUCAACGGAUUAAACACAAGAACAGAAAUCCUUCCCUCUGACAGGGAUAGUAUUCUGCGCCGACUAUAUUUAGAAUCUCCUAUCAUUACAAGCGAAGCAAUUGGUUUGCUCAAACAGUUUUGCCAGGAGCCGGGCCGAGCUCUCUCAGGGGUUAGUCUGAUGAAAGAUUUAGUGCUAAAGCGACCUGUUAAACAGUUAAACUUUCUCAAUUCUAUUCUAGAGUUCUGCUCGCAUGAAGAGAACGAAGUCCGUGACACUGCUCUCAGCACGGUUCUGUCGUUAUACGAGCGCGGGGAGUUGGCCUCGAUUAUCGAGGAUUAUAGUGGAAUGUUCUUGAGGUUUCUGCUCCUGCCCCGACCUCCGGAUAUGCUCUUUGGAGAGGACCGAGGCCGGCCGAUUAUGAUGAAUGAAUGGACCGAGGAUUUCAUAAAGGUUUGCUUGAACCUGUUCCUGGCCCUGCUCCCCAAGUGUAAGAAGUUGCUAACUAAUCUCGCCGAGGUAUACGUCAGUACUAGCGGGGACAUCAAGAGAACAAUCCUCCGUAUUAUUGAAACUCCGAUCCGAGAGAUCGGAAUGGAAUCUCCGGAACUCCUGUCUCUGGUUGAGAACUGCCCCAAGGGUUCUGAGACCCUGAUCACCAGGAUUAUCCAUAUCCUGACGGAGAAAGCGACUCCGUCCCCGGAGUUAGUGAACAAGGUGAGAGAACUGUAUGCUCACAGGGUGGCCGAUGUCAGGUUCCUGAUACCAGUCCUUAAUGGACUCAGUCGACAGGAGGUGACCGCAGCUUUGCCUAAACUUAUCAAACUGAACCCUGGAGUAGUUAAGGAGGUCUUCAACCGUCUUAUCGGUAUCACGACCAACAGAGCCUCCGGUGCCAUGUCACCUGCAGAACUGCUUAUUGCGUUGCAUAAUAUAGACCCGACAAAGUGCGACACUAAGACUGUGAUGAAGGCGACAAGCUACUGCUUCCAGGAGAAGAGCGUGUACACAAUGGAGGUGUUAACCAUUGUGCUGCAGCAGUUGAUGGAGCAGAAGGAUAUCCCCUUGCUCCUGAUGAGAUCGGUUCUUCAAUCUGUUUCCUUGUAUCCUCCCCUCAUUGGGUUCACCAUGAACAUAUUGCAACGAUUAAUUGUCAAAAAGGUUUGGAAGCAACGAACUUUGUGGGACGGAUUUAUCCGCUGUUGUCAGAAAACGAAACCUCAAUCCUACACAAUUAUGCUACAACUUCCGCCCAGGCAGCUUAGUCAGCUCCUCAAGGAGGCGGAGGAUCUCAGGGAUCCUCUCCUGGUUCAUGUUCAGAAUUUCACGGAUGCGCAGCGUCAGCACGUUCCUGCAACUAUUAUGGCAGUUCUUUACAACUCCGAACCAGAACCUGAACCUGAGCCUGAACAGGAGGAGGAGACGAUUUAAUCCUACGUUCAGAAACAGGAACCCUGAGAAGCCUGAAGAGAAUCAUUAAGCAUAGGACUUCAUACUCUGCUUUUUUUCAGAAGUUUCCCGAACAGUAAUUGUAUUUAUUUGUUUAAUAAUGUCCGAAACUCAUAUUUGUUCAUUCAGAAAAGAAAACCAGUGAUAAAAUCAACUUAAAUACACAAUAGAAUUUA